AAACAGUCGACGUUUCGGGCCGAGACCCUUCAUCAGGACUGGAGAGGAAGAGGGCAGGAGCCAGAAUAAGAUGGUAGGGGGAGGAGUACACACAGACAAGUGAGCAGUGAGUCCAGGGAGAAGAUGGCUGCUGACACCAAGCACCAUUUUCUGAAAAUAACUGAAGAGCUGGAUGAAGAGGAGGUGAGGGACUUGAGGUUCUUGUGCAAUGACUACUUUCCAAUAGGCAAACCGAUGAAGAGUGCCCUAGACUUACUUGAAGCACUGCAGCAACAAAACCUGGACAUUUUUCCUGAACUCCUGUAUCGAAUUCAGCGAUUUAAAUUACUCUCUGAUCUAGGAAAGCGGAAGGCUGAAAUGGAGCAGCAUUUACAACAACCGGGAAAUUGUAAAAUCUCAACUUACAGAGUGCUGCUGUAUAACAUUUCCAAACAGAUUGAUAAUAACGAGCUUGAAAAGAUAAUUUUUAUAUCGAAUAUACCCAAGGGAAAAUGCCAGAACAUCAAGAAUUUGAUGGAUCUUUGCACUGAAUUGGAAAAAAAAGAGAAAAUUUCACCGAAUAACCUAACGCAUUUGCUGAGAAUCUUGGGGGUAAUUCAAAGAAGAGAUCUAAUAAAGAAAGUGGAAACUUAUCAAAAUGAGGCAAGAGUUACACUUCCACUUCAAGAAAGCAGGAAGCAACAAGGAUCUGAAAUCUGCACCCAAGAGAUGGACCAAAAUAUAAGAUGUCCUGCUCAGGUUGAUGCCAAGCAAGUUAUUUCAGCAGGAACCAACGAUCACCAAGAACCUCAGCAAGCAUCAUCCACUGUGGAUGACCCAACAGCUGAAAAUACUAACUUCGAGGGAGCAGCAUGUUCAUCUACAGAGCAAAAACCCAAUAGCAUUGAAAAUCUGGUGAGCGGUACAAGAGCAUUAUGUAUGGAACCUUCACAAGAAACCUCAACAGCCUCCUCAAUGGAUUCAGUGCCUGGCUCUCUUCCAAGUUCUGUGUGGAUGAUUUCAAACAACAAGGCAAGUCAACAAAACAUGCAGUCUAUUGAAGAAUAUAAAAUGGACAGUUCACCGCUUGGAAUUUGUCUAAUAUUAAACAAUAAAGUGUUUCCUGGGACAAACUACAAUCAAAGAAAUGGGACAGAUUGUGAUGCAGAGAAAUUGGAAGAAGUGUUUACAAAUUUAGGGUUUGUCGUGCAAAGACAUGAUAACUUGACUGUGCAAGGAAUGCUGGAAAAAUUGGAAGCGUACAAGAAGUACGAUCAUAACAACAGGGAUUGUUUUGUGUGUUGCAUCCUCUCCCAUGGUGAAAAAGAUGUAGUUGUGGGAACUGAUGGAAAGCAUCUUCAGAUCAAAGACAUAAGGAGCUUAUUUUCAGGGUCUCAGUGUCCUUCACUGCUGCAAAAACCCAAGAUCUUCUUCAUUCAAGCUUGUCAAGGUUUAAGUUCACAAAAAGCCUGCUUCAUCACCAGCAGCGACUCUGACCUCGAAUCGGACGCAUUACCACACUCAAUCCCUGAGGAUAGGGAUUUUUUAAUUGUAAUGUCUACAGUUCCUGAGUGCGUUUCAUAUAGGACAAGGAAAGGCUCUUGGUUCAUUCAAACCCUGUGUAGCUGUUUAGAAGAAUAUUGCUCCAGAAAAUAUGACCUGCUUUCAAUUCUGACUGAAGUGAAUCGAAGAGUAAGUGAGAUGCAUCCGAAUAUUAAGCAAAUCCCAGAGCCUCGAUUCACCCUAUCCAAGAAGCUUGUAAUUUUGCCCCCAUAUCUUAGGACAAACAGCUGAUUCAACUUCAGUUUCAUAAAAAUUAAAAUAUUGUAUAAAGCUUAUAAGUAAUUAAAAAGUUGCAGGUGAAGAAAGGGUUGUCGAAGGCUUGUGCUACCAGAAGAAUACACUGUGUAUUUAACACAUCUGUUCAAAAUCAAUGGCUUUGAUUGCUGAGCAAGUGAAAGUUAAUUCAGGACAAUAGGACUUUUACAAAAGACUACCAGUGAUACAUAAACUUUGAUGAACUCAGAAUGUUCCUUUGAUUCUAUCUGUUGGCAUUAAGUCUGAGAAAAUACUUGCUGCCAAAUCAUAUGCUCUAUAAAAUAAAGAGUGACUGCAGACAUACUAUUGACUUCCCAGUAGAGUCCAGUUCCACUGUUUUACUCUGCCACCACUUAUUGCCCGUGCCUAAUUGCCCUUGAGGUGAUGGUGAGCCACUUCCUUGAAUCGUUGUACUCCUUCUGGGCUACUGGGUAGGGAAUUCUGGGAUUUAGACCAGUGACGAUGAAGGAAGGACACUAUAUCUCAAAGUCAGGAUGGUGGUGUGGCUUCAAAGGAAACUUGCAGUACAGUCCUUGAAUAUGUUGGUCACAGAAGUUGCGGUUUUGGGAAAUGUGAUAAGAAUAGCCGUGGUGGUGCAUUUUGUAAAUAGUAACACUGAAGCCACACUAUGCCAGAGGUGGAGGGAAUGAGUGUGGAUGGGGGCUGUUUCAAGAGGGCUGUUUCAUCCCAGAUGGUGUCAAACCUCUUGAAAGUUAUUGAAGCUGCACUCAUCCAGCUUAGUGGAGAAUACUCCAUCACACUCCUGACUUGUAGAUGUAGAUGUGGAAAGACCAUGGGGUGUAAGACACUGAGUAACUCAAUGCAAGGUACGUAGCCGCUGACCUGCAAUCGUAGCCAUUGUAUUUGUAUGGCUGAUUCAGCUGAGUUUCUGAUCAACGGUAACCCCCAGAAUGUUGAUGGUGGGGAACAUGAAAGUGAGAAUCAUAGAACCAUAGAACAAUACAGCACAAUACAGGACCUUCGGCCCACCAUGUUGUGCUGCCCUUCAAACCACACCUAAGACUAUCUAACCCCUUCCUCCCACAUAUCCCUCUAACUUAAAUUCCUCCAUAUGCUUACCUAACAAUCUCUUGAACUUGUCCAAUGUAUCAGCCUCCACCACCACCCCAGGCAGCGCAUUCCAUGCACCAACCACUAUCUGGGUGAAAAGCCUCCCUCUGACAUCACCCUUGAACUUCCCACCCAAUACCUUUGUUAUGGACUCAGUGAAAGUCCCUUUAAGAUAGAGAGUGUGUGUGUAUGUGUGUGUGGGGCGUGCUUACGUCAAUAGAAGAUAAAGGACGUAAUGACGUGGUUGAAGAAGGAAGGAGAAGUAGGAGAGAGAGAGAGAGAAGGGAGAGAGACACCAGCCUGCUUGUUUUCUCUAUCGAUGGAUGAGAAACAAUAACUGUGUUUGCCACUGAAAUCCAUGUAUGGAAGUUGGAAGUAAUCCGGUGGAGUUCACUUUGUUGCUGACCUGUAGAGGGAAACAGGUAUUUGUGUGUGGACGACCACGAUUCUGAUGCUUUUCGGGGUGAGGAAGUCACUACCGAGUAAACACUGAAGUGUCGUUUGGGUUCCAUCGUGGAACAUUUGGAUUUCGUAUGUACUCUCUCUAUGUUUUUCUACAUCUACAUCUUAUCUUCUGACAAGGGUGGUUGUUGAAGAAGCCCUUGCUCAUGUUUCACCUUAUGGCUUGCGGAACUGAACUUUAAGAACCAUUCCGGAACUUGGAGUUUGGGACUUUGUCACACA